UGAAAUCGACACCGAGUUUUGUGAUAUCGACAACAGCGAGGAUGUUGAUAACACUGAAAUAGACACCGAAUACGCCUGUGUUGACAAGAUGGCGGUCUGCAAGCUGAUGUGUUUCGCCCUGCUUAUGGGGGCAGUCUGCUCUUCAACAGGACGGGCCAAUGAAAAUGCAGAGAAGAAAAGGGGGUUCCCCUAUCAGUUUGAAGCACCAAUGAACGAAAGAGCAUUUCGGGAGCACAUAAAGAGACUUGAAAACGCAUCGAGAUAUGGUGUAGACGGUGACCCAGACUUCAUAGUGGACGUGCAGGGGUUGUUGAUCAGCUAUCCGCUUUGCUUCCAUGUCGGCGGGCAACAGGGAGAGGUGCUCCGUCUCCUUCAACACCAAAACCUGUCGCUUUUCGUCAACGCCAAAAUAAUUGAACGAAACGAGACUCGCAAGACGUACCUGGGAUCAGUUGCCAUUAUUCGUCAUAAUGUGAGAAUAUUCGCCACAAGAAGAGCCGUCCAGAUCAACCGAUAUACCUUCAGCUGGUCAGGUAUGACCGCCUUCCGCUUGUACGGCCAUCGGGUCGUCGUUGGCCAGAAUCUCUUGGCCGUGACCUUCAGAAACAAAAACGUAACGCUUGUCAUCAGACGUCACGAGAUAUCAGUGGAUUAUGAGGACUCUUUCGUGGAGCCAUCCAAUAAUGUUGGAGAAUCGAUGUCAGAGAUUGUCCAGAGUCAUAUGACGCCAUCAAAUCACGACGUGACGUCCCGAAAUCACGAUGUGCAGUCACCAAAUCCGAACUUCGCCUAUCUCGGGUUCUACAUUGCAGAUUCUACAGGACUUACCGCGCCAUGCCAUGGCCUCUUGGGCCAGUUUGUCCAUAAAAGUGUGCUACUCACUUCCGUGCAAGUAAGGAACGGAAAGAGAAAGGGGAAAAUCGCAGUUGUCUCCCCUUUUUACAGCACGCACACUUUCAGCAUGGCUACAUUAACUGAACGCACGAAUCACGGCACAGGGAGAAAUGUGACCUGCUGGCGUCUCCGACGUGGCGGAGACAGCAUUGUUGACGGUAACUACAUCGACUACAUGGUCUCACAUCUUCGGGACACAGAGAUCAUAAGGUUUCACUGAACACCUGCACUCACUUUCAACUGUGUCGGGACAAGGUUACGGAAAGAGACGAGUGAUCACGAAACCGAUGUUGGCCUAAAGAGAACCACUGUUCUCAGAAUACAAAGAUUUUCACAGAAUCAUAUAUAAUGUGAGAACGUAAACAUAUUACCAUAUUGGUAUUGGUUACGAUAUAUGCUUUAUAAACUACGAAAAUAAUUGGAUUAGUUUAUUAAAAUAAUCUUGCAGCAGUGAAUACCAAACACUGGCUAAAGGACAUAUAGUGAAACCCCACUAAUACGGACAGUACCGUUCCCAGUGAAAUAUCCACUCUUGGAUGCAUAGUUUUGUUUGUUUGCUGUUUAAAGCCGCAGUCAGCAAUUCAAUACUCCACUUUUGGCCUGUAAUAAUCGAGACAAGCAGAUAAUCCAGUGAUUGACAUGAACAUCGAUCUCCACAAUUGAGAUACGAUGACAUGCACCAACAAAGUCAACGAGCCUGACCACCCGAUCCCGUUAGUCGCCUCUUACGUCAGUGAUACCCUGUGACGCCAUGAAAUAAUCAGUAACGGUGUAUGUAUGUAUUACGUUUGCGAUGUUGUAGGGAGCGCGAAAUCAUAAUUCACAUGUGUUUCUAAAACACGUUUGUCCCAAUAUUAUGACUAAUAAAUUGUGUCAUAUAGA